CAUUUGUUGCUUUCAUCUUCCCGCCCCUCCCCCUCUGCUCCGGUUUAACAGAAACGCCGAUCAUGGUGUCGCCGCACGGGAUUAAACUGGCGGUGCAUCUCAUCUCCGCUUACUUCGGCGAUAUCGUUUCUAAAGUAUGCGAAUGUCUUCUACGUAAAGGAACACUAUCACUACAGCAAGUGCUACGAUUCACAGAACUCAAUAAAGAGAAUGCUGCCAACUCUUUACUUGUGUUGAUUCAGCAUAAUUGCGUUCAAGCCUUCAGCAUUGAACAACAAGGUGGAUUUAUGGAACAACCAAAGAUGGUGACUCAUUAUAUGGCCUUACAUGACAACAUCAUCCACCAUAUGAGAUUCUCUAAGUUUUUGGCAAUCAUAUCAGAUGAAUUUGGACAAGAGUGCAUGGAGAUUUUUGAAGGAUUACUUCAACAUGGUAGGUUAUCAAUGAAUCAGAUCGUGGAUAGGUAUAAAGAUAAGCAUAAGUCACAUACAAGUGAAGAAAAUAGCACUGCUGCUAAUGUGGCACAUGAAAACUUCAAUAAACUUGCUCAGGCACACUAUAUUGAAAGAUGCCCUGCUCGUGAACCAUAUCUUGAAUCAGAAAAAGAAGAUGAUACUGCUGGAAAGAAAAAAACUGCCAAGUCUAAGAUGAAUGAUCCAUCACAAACCCUUGAAGCACGUGCAUUAGCUGCUGCAACUCCUAUGGAAUCAAUAAGAUUUUUAGUUGAAUCAGAUACAUAUACCAAUGGUGCCCCUGAUGACAAUAGCAAAAAAAACCCUACUACAGAAAUCGUCGGGGAAAAGCGCAAGCAAAAUUUCCUGGAACCUGAAAAAAAAGAAAUCCUUUGGCGCGUCAAUUUUGAGGAAUUUGUGCGACACUUUCGCCACAAGUGUUGUAUUACCCAUGUGACAACACGUAUGGAUAAUGUAGCCGGCAUUGUUCUAAGUGCAAUUUUUGAGGCAACUAGAAGAGAUGAAACUAAAGUGAAAAUGGAAAAAACAGUUCCUCUUCCCAUUGAUAGAAUAUAUGAGGAAGCAAUAAAAAGGGAAGAAGGUCGAAGUUUGAGUUUAGAGCGUGUUAGGGAUUCCCUUGUCCAAUUAGGCUGUGAACUCCCCAUAAUUGGGUUAGAGUUAGAUGAAACAUAUAGUAUUGAUUUGAAGAAGAUCAUUGAUGAGGCUCAAGCUCAGGAGGUUGAAUCUGUUGUGCUGAAAAAAUAUGGCAGGGAGGCUUAUAGGAUAUUUAGAUUAUUAUUACAAUCCAAAAGGCUAUGUGAAACUGAUCAGAUAUGGAUGGCUACAUUUGUUGAUAAGAAAGAUGCGUUGAAGAUUCUAUUUCAGCUAUGGAAAGAUGAUUUGUUGCAUAUGGAGAGAGUUGCAAAUGAAGGACAGAAGUUGGAAAGUUUGUGUUGGAAGUUGAAUAAGGUUUCUGUUUGGGAACAAGUUUUAGAUGACAUGUAUCAUGCUGCACUCAACUUAAAGCUUCGCCUUGUUCAUGAGCUUGAACAAGCAAAAGAAAUCCUUCGUAAAGGAAAGAGUGUAGGAGACGAAGUGUUGGCAAAACGCAAGAAGGUUGGCGAAAAAUGGGAGGUUCUAGAUUCUUCUCUCAUGAUUCUUGAUGAUGCUAUUAUGCUAUUUCAUGACUUUUAA